AGGCCCCUUAUCCUGUGGGUCCUUGGAACAGCUUUAUUCACUGUCGUCUGUACGAGGCCGACAUCAUUUCUGCCAGCAGUGCACCUAUGUGACCCUGGACAAGUCAACCAUGAGCAAGCACCUUCAGAAACACAUGGGCGAGCCUCCUUUCCAGUGCCACUUUUGUCCAGCUGCAUUCAUUCAUAAGUCCAAGCUGGCGACUCAUGUGCACACCCACACAAAAGAGCAGCCUUUCUCCUGUGCCCGCUGCAGUGCAAUCUUUUUGCUGAAAGGCCACUUUAUUGAGCAUAUGCGUACUCAUACAGGAGAGCAUCCCUUCUCCUGUACGCACUGCAAGGCAUCCUUUACGAAAAAAUGCCACUUUAUCGUGCAUAUGCGCACUCACACAGGAGAACGACCCUUUUCUUGUGUCCACUGUAAGGCAUCUUUCGUGCAGAAAAUCCACCUGAAUAAGCACAUGCGCAUUCACACUGGAGAGCGACCCUUCUCUUGUGCCCACUGUAAGGCAUCUUUCGUGCAGAAAAGCCACCUAAAUAGGCACAUGCGCACUCACACAGGAGAGCGACCCUUCUCUUGUGUUCACUGUAAGGCAUCUUUCGCACAGAAAAGCCACCUAAAUAACCACAUUCGCACUCACACAGAACAGGGACCCUUCUCUUGUGUCCACUGUAAGGCAUCUUUCGUGCAGAAAAGCCACCUAAAUAGGCACAUGCGCACUCACACAGGAGAGCGACAGUUUUCUUGUGUCCACUGUAAGGCAUCUUUCGCACAGAAAAGCCACCUAAAUAACCACAUGCGCACUCACACAGGACAGGGACCCUUCUCUUGUGUCCACUGUAAGGCAUCUUUCAUGCAGAAAAGCCGCCUAAAUAGGCACAUGCGCACUCACACAGGAGAGCGACCCUUCUCCUGUGUCCACUGUAAGGCAUCUUUCGUGCAGAAAAACCACCUAAAUAAGCACAUGCACACUCACACUGGAGAGCGACCCUUCUCUUGUGUUCACUGUAAGGCAUCUUUUGUACAGAAAAUCCACCUAGAUAACCACAUGCGCACUCACACAGGAGAGCGACCCUUUUCUUGUGUCCACUGUGAGGCAUCUUUUGUGCAGAAAAUCCACCUAGAUAAGCACAUUCGCACUCACACAGGAGAGCGACCCUUCUCUUGUGUCCACUGUAAGGCAUCUUUCAUACAGAAAAUCCACCUAAAUAAUCAUAUGCACACUCAUACAGGAGAGCAUCUUUUGUGUUCACUAAAAGGCAUCUUUCGUGAGGGAAAGCCACCUUAAUAAGCACAUGCACACUCACACUGGAGAGCGACCCUUCUCUUGUGUUCACUGUAAGGCAUCUUUCGUGCAGAAAACCACCUAAAUACCCACGUGCACACUCACACAGUAAAGCAGCGCUUCUCUUUUGUUCACUGUAAGGCAUCUUGUGAGCAGAAAAGCCACCUGAAUAAGCACAUGCGCACUCACACAGGAGAGCGACCCUUUUCUUGUGUCCACUUUAAGGCCUCUUUCGUGCAGAAAAGCUACCUAAAUAAGCACAUGCACACUUUCACAGGAGAGCGACCCUUCUCUUGCGUCCACUGUAAGGCAUCUUUCGUGCAGAAAAGCCAUCUAAGUAAGCACAUGCACACUCACACAGGAGAGCGACCCUUCUCUUGCGUCCACUGUAAGGCAUCUUUCGCGCAGAAAAGCCACCUAAGUAAGCACAUGCACACUCACACAGGAGAGCGACCGUUCUCGUGUGUCCACUGUGAGGCAUCUUUCGAGCAGAAAAGCCACCUAAAUAAGCACAUGAGCACUCGCACAGAGAAGAGACCUUUCUCUUGUGUCCACUGCUAUGCAUCCUUUUCUCUGAAAUACAACCUCAUUGUGCACAUUCACACAGAAGAAUGUCCCUUUUGCUGUGUACUCUUCAAUGCACCCUUUUCAGUUAAAGGCCCCCUCGUUCAACACACUCGUACUCACACAAGACAGCGUUGCUUCUGUUGUGUCCACAGAG